CCCAACUUUGCACGAGACACGUACGGACAAAGUUAGCUCUUAGCUCCCAGCUGCCAGGCGGCUCCAGCCCGUCCCGCGGCGCCUUCCCGGGCUCCGCUCCGCAGCGACCCCCCUGCCCCCUCCAGCCCUGCCAUGGGGCGCUGAUCGCACCCAAAGUUGGACCAACUUUUGCACAGCGAGUGGGAGCAUGGCCCGUCCGUGAACGCGGCUGGGCAGCACGAUGAAAGCGCAGCCCCGGGGAGCAGGCAGCCGCGAGCCCAGCCGCCGCCGAGGCGCCCCGGGUGCAAAAUGAGCGACCACCCAGCGCUGGAGAAGGAGGCGCCGAUCUCCCGCAAGCAGCGGCUGAUGGCCGCGAUCGCCUCCGGCAGCUCCAGCGCCGAGCCCCCCUCGGCGCUUUGCUGCUUCAUCUGCGGCGGGGGGAUCGGGCGCGGCAAGGAGCUGAAGCUGCAGGUGAAGCAGCCCCGGGAGAACCAGCCUUUCUUCCCCUUCCUGCAGCACCAGGAGCCGGCGCCGGGGGCCCUGGAGGUGACCCCGGAGGGCUGCGCCCUGGUGUGCGCCGUCUGCCGCUGCUUCCUGGGCGAGCAGUGGGACGCGUUCGAGCGCAGCCGGACCCCGGUGGAGAAGCGCAUGUACUGGCUCAAGCGCCCCUACCAGUGCGAGGCGGCGGCGGGCGCCGGGCUCCGCAGGGGCCCCCAGGAGUGGAACCUCUCCUACGCCCUGGACGAGCAGCGGAGGCUCAGCCUGGGGGGCAGCAGCAGCAGCCAGCCCCCCGAGGAGGAGGAGGAGGAGGAUCCCGGCGCAAGCGGCGGAGACUCCGACCUGUCCUCCCUCUCGGACACCGACCAGCUCUCCGAGCCCGAGCUGCAGCUCCACGCCCCCGGCCGGGACAGGAGCGCCAGGAGCCCCGGCUGCUGCCCGGCCCCAGAGCCGCUGAGCCAAGCCGCGGGGCUGCAGCUGCUGCGCCAGCCGGGCGCAGCCAACGGGGCCGCCGAGCGGCCGGUGCCAGGCGCGCCCAUGGGCAGCCGCCCCCGCGAGUGGCACGGCCAGGCGCCCCCAGCCCCGGACGAGGCACCUGUGCCGCAGGACAAUGGGCUGGCUGGGGGGAGGAGGAGGCGACGGCGGCGCCACUGGCCGGCCGAUGCCCCCGGCAGCGUCCGGAGCAGCUGGAGAGGGGGCCAGGGCGCAGCAGCCCUGCCCGAUGCCUUCAAAGCGGCGGCCUCCGGCCGGGCACCUGAGUCUGCCCCGGGGGGUGGCGACUUGAUGGGCAAGCGGGUCCCGGCCUACGGCUCCUCAGAGGAGAGCGAGAUCAACAUCACCAGCGACGAGGAGAGGCAGGGGCCCUGCCGAGCCCCCAGCAGGCCGGAGAACGCCCGCGCCCUGGCAUUGCCCAAGCCGCCCUGGGCACCAGCACCCCCGCCGGGCACCGUCUGCUACAUCUGCGGCAGCCCCUUGUCCCCGGCGGGCCAGCACCAGAUCCAUGUGCAGAAACAGGAGAAGACCUCCAAGGCCCCCUUCUUCCCUUUCCUGUGGCUGCACAGUCCACCCCUGGGGGCCCUGCCCAUCAGCCCGGCGGGCAGCACCCUGGUCUGCUCCUGCUGCUUCACCUCCCUCAUGCAGCAGUGGCAGAGCUUCGAGGUGGCCAGCGUGCCGGUCCUGCAGAGGCUCUACGUGGUGCCGCUGGAUGCCAGCGCAGUGGGCAUGCCCCCCAAAGGGCGGAGGGCCCAGAAAGAGGAGGGUGCCCCUGCCCUGCUGCAGGAAGCCUGCUACCUCUGUGGGGAGGAUUGUAGCAAGGAGGCCAGGCCGGUCUCUGCUAAGAUCACUAAUGGCAAUGCUAAAAGCACCAUGCACUUCCCCUUUCUCAGCCACCUGCCUUGCCCUCCCAGCUCCAAGGGGCUGAACAAGCAUGGGGAGGUGCGCAGCUGCAGGAAGUGCUAUGGGGUGCUGCAGGACCUGUGGGCCAUGUACCGGGCGUGCCGCAACGAGGAGCUCAUCACCUCGGUGCAGAGCUUCCUGGGGAGGUAUCACCAGGUCUUCUCCACCGGGGAUCCCAGCAGCACUGGCAUGCACCCCUCGGCCACGUCAGGCCCUGCCUCUGUCUGUUACAUCUGCGGAGCUGAGCUGGGAGCCGGCAAAGAGUUCCAGCUCAACAUCAACCCGCCAGGGCGCUUUGGGGAGAAGGAGCCUUUCUUCCCCUUCCUCACCGUCUACCCCCCGGCCCCCAGGGCCAGGCCUGCAGACUCCACUGGGUUGGUGGCUACCUGCGUGCUCUGCUACCAUGACCUCCUAGGCCAGUGGCUGCAGCACGAAAGCAGGAAUUCCCACCAUCCCAGCAGCGCCUGGUCCAGGCAGUACAAAGUGGAGACCUUCGUGUGCUUCUUCUGUCGGCAGGAGAAGCAGCGAUGCCUUGGAUUAAAAGCAGUACAGGUUGCCCGGCUCCCUGUGUUUCUGUACACCCUCCGCAUGGCCAACAGCUUACUGGUGGAUGAUGGCAAACAACUGACCAUUGGAGCAUGUGGAGAAUGUGGGGCGGUGGUGCUUGCUGGCAAAAGCAUGACACCUCCAGACUUUCUGGCUGUGGCGCCCCCAGCCAGUCUCCCAAAGGUGGUGAUGACCCUAAGUGCCCACGGCAUGGGAGAUGAAGGAUGCGCCAUGGACGCACUGAAACGUGCUCGCCAUGAAAACCUUUGGGAAGCAGUGGCUGGUGCGGCACCCAGCACUCCCUCACUGCAUGGAUUUGAGCACAGGGAGCCCAUUGCACCAGGCUGUUCCGAGUGCAGUGCAAGGUAUUUGCUUAAGCAGCACUGCAGCUGCUUUGCCUGUGCCACUGCCACGGCCAGCCCCAGCCCGGAGCAAAGCAGGCCAGGCAGAGGGAGCAGCAGCUGCUGGGCGUUGUCCUCUUCUCUGGAGACACCUGCUGUGAAGCCUUCCGCCAGCGAGCCCAGACAGCGACUGGCGGGCGCUGGGGAGAGCCCAGGUGCAAGGAACGGAGCUGCCCAGGAGAUUGGCUCUGACCGUGGCCAGCAGAGCGUGGAUGUGGAAGGCGCAGACCUGGGAGCUACAAUGUCGCUUGCAAGACUUCAGCCGGCCAAUCCCCUGGUGUGCCACGGCAUGUGCGCUAGGCACUGCUGGGCUCUGCUGCUUUACUCAGAGAAGGAGAUACCUGGGGCAUCCCAGGAAGUGACAGCAGCGCGUUGGACUAAGCCAAAGCAGCUUGGGACCAGCCUCUUCACUCUGGCUCGGCUCCCCGCGAAGGAGGCAGCUUUUGCCCAAGACCUUGGGACCUGA